GCACCAGGCAUAAACACACCCUUCGACACGUGGGGUUAAGGCGCCGGGGGCUGGGCACGGUGGAGGGAAGGCGCGGGAGGGCGGGACUUGGCCAGGAGGGGGCGGGAGUAAGAGUGCCGAGAGGGCGGGGCUUGGCGCACGGGGGCGGGGACUCGGAUGGCGCUUGACCCUCUAGGCGCCGUCGUCCUGCAGAGCGUCAUGGCGCUGAGUGGUCGACUGGCAUUGGCCGCGCUCAGACUGUGGGGUCCGGGAGGUGGGAGAAGGCCCAUAUCCCUCUCUGUGGGAACCUCAGGCAGCUUUGGAUGUGGAGGAAGCAGUGAGAAGAAGCUUUCUCUGCAGGAUGUAGCUGAGCUGCUUAGGUCCAGAGCCUGCAGUAGAGUCGUGGUCAUGGUGGGGGCCGGCAUCAGCACACCCAGUGGCAUCCCGGACUUCAGAUCCCCAGGGAGUGGCCUCUACAGCAACCUUCAACAGUAUGACAUCCCAUACCCUGAGGCCAUCUUUGAACUUGGCUUUUUCUUUCACAACCCCAAGCCCUUUUUCACGUUGGCCAAGGAGCUGUACCCUGGGCACUAUAGGCCCAAUGUCACUCACUACUUCCUUCGGCUGCUCCACGACAAGGAGCUGCUUCUGCGGCUCUACACACAGAACAUCGAUGGGCUUGAGAGAGCAUCUGGUAUCCCUGCCUCAAAGCUGGUUGAAGCUCAUGGAUCCUUUGUAUCAGCUACAUGCACAGUCUGUCGAAGGUCCUUCCCAGGGGAAGACAUAUGGGCUGAUGUGAUGGCAGACAGGGUGCCUCGCUGCCCUGUCUGUACUGGCGUUGUGAAACCUGACAUUGUGUUCUUUGGGGAAUCGCUGCCUGCAAGGUUCUUACUACAUGUGGCUGACUUCGCUUUGGCAGAUCUGCUACUCAUUCUUGGGACCUCCCUGGAGGUGGAGCCUUUUGCCAGCUUGUCUGAAGCAGUACAGAAAUCUGUGCCCCGACUGCUCAUCAAUCGAGACUUGGUAGGGCCAUUUGCUCUGAGUCCUCGAAGGAAAGAUGUGGUCCAGCUAGGGGAUGUAGUUCAUGGUGUGGAAAGGCUGGUGGACCUCCUGGGGUGGACACAAGAGCUGCAGGAUCUCAUGCAGCGGGAGCAUGGAAAGCUGAAUGGAGAGGACAAAUAAGACUCCUUCACCUGGGAAAGUCACACAGGAGAUCAUCCUAUGUCCAGGGAGACCUCAUGCUGAAGACAGCUCCAACAGGUUUACAAAUGUGGGCCAGACCACAAAAUGUGGCCUGGCAGUGGUUCUCUGAGGCUGCCUUUGGAAAAGCUGACCAGGAAGUCUACCUUUGGGGCCACUCACAUGCGAUCUGGCCACCUCCUCACUGCUGAAGCUUGUAGUGUGGAUGCCGAUUUCUGGCAGUGGCCCUUACAGUUACCAAGAGGGCAGUACAGUGUGUCUGUCACCAGACAGGUGACACACUAGGGUAAUCUAGCACGUUGAUCUACAAAGUGGCAUCUUUAACUAAAACAUCAUUUCUCGCAUGAAAUAAACUUAGUGUAAAACUUAGUGUAAA